AUGCGGGGGACGCCCAAGCCCACGAACCGCAACCAGCCCCAGCAAUUCCCCCACAGCCCAUCGGGGAUUCCACGACCAGCUCUCGAGACUCACGCCUCUCAUGUUGCCCAGAGCGAAGCGGGCGGCUCUUCGCUCAGCGCCAGUCGGGCCAAGAUGUCGAAGCGCGACGACGCCAUCCGCCGAAAGAUCGAAACCGACCUGAACAAGAAGAAGAACCCCAGCGGCCGAGUCCGACCCUCGAAAAAAGCCCCGCCUGGCACAGUCCUCGCCCUGAAGCCCUCCCCCGCGCUCCAGAUCAAGCCCUCUACCUCAGUCGCCGAGGCGGCUCAGUUGAUGGCAGCUAAGCGCGAGGACUGUGUCCUGGUUACCGACGACGAUGACCGUAUUGCUGGUAUCUUCACGGCUAAAGAUCUGGCCUUCCGGGUCGUUGGUGCUGGAAUCAAGGCCCGCGAUGUCACUAUCGAAGAGAUCAUGACCAAGAACCCCCUCUGCGCAAAGACCGACACGAGUGCGACCGAUGCCUUGGAUCUAAUGGUCAGGAAAGGUUUCCGUCACCUUCCCGUCAUGGAUGAGAACCACGACAUCAGUGGUAUCCUGGAUAUCACAAAAUGUUUCUACGACGCCAUGGAGAAGCUGGAGCGCGCCUACAGCUCUUCGCGCAAGCUGUACGACGCCCUGGAGGGUGUGCAGGCGGAGAUGGGCUCCAGCCAGCCGCAACAGAUUAUCCAGUACGUCGAGGCCAUUCGUCAGAAGAUGUCCGGGCCUACACUCGAGUCUGUUCUGACAGGACUUCCACCAACCACCGUUUCUGUGCGCACCUCAGUCAAGGAAGCUGCGGCACUGAUGAAGGAGAACCAUACCACUGCCGUCCUGGUGCAGGACAAUGGAUCCAUCACCGGUAUCUUCACCAGCAAGGACGUCGUCCUCCGUGUUAUUGCCGCGGGGCUUGACCCGAUGACUUGCAGUGUCGUACGAGUGAUGACUCCCCAUCCCGACUUUGCGCCCAUGGACAUGAGCAUCCAGUCUGCUCUCCGCAAGAUGCAUGACGGUCAUUACCUCAAUCUACCUGUCAUGAGUGAUGCUGGAGAGAUCGUAGGCAUGGUCGAUGUUCUCAAACUGACCUAUGCCACUCUUGAUCAGAUCAACAAUAUUAGCACAACGGACAGUGAAGGUCCUGCGUGGAAUAAGUUCUGGUUGUCUCUGGACAAUGAGACUGAGUCGAUGAUGUCAGGCGAGGGUGGAAGCCGUGUGCACGACCACCGCUCAUACGUCUCACAUAACGACCGCCCUGGUCUCAUGGAUCGUGGUGACAGCGUACUACCCAACGAGUCUGCCAGCCAUCAUGGAGGUGAUUCACCAGAUCUGUCUGCUGUCGCUAGUGUUCCUCCCUCUCAUAUGGAGGACAUGCCGUUCCCUUUCAAGUUCAAGGCUCCAAGUGGUCGCGUCCACCGCCUGCAGGUCGUCGUAUCUGCAGGCAUCGAAGAGCUCAUCCACAACGUAGCCAACAAGCUCGGUAGCGAGGUCGAAGCCAUAGGAGGCACACCAAGCUUUGAAGAAGGCAAAAUUUCUCGCGCUGGCUUCGCUCUGAGCUAUCUUGACAACGAGGGCGAUACCAUCUCCAUCACCACGAACGACGACUUGGUCGAAGCUGUCAGCCUAUCCCGUAUGGCGCAUCGCGAGAAGGUCGACCUUUUUGUACACCAUCCCGAGAAGGCUCCAAUGUCUGUCGAGGUCAACCCGCAACCUGCGCUAUCCAAGCCUGUCACACCGCCAGAAUCCACCCUUCGCGAGCGCAAGCAGUUCUUCGACGAGGACGAGGAGAAGCCUAGAUCUAGAGGCCGGAAUCAACCAGUGCCUCUCUCGCAACAGCCGGAGAUCAUUGCUGGUGUUCCAAAUGACCUCCUCUUACCUGGAGCUAUCGGUGUACUAGCCGUCGUCAUCGUUGGUGUCUUUAUACACAUCUUCAAAUCAGCCGCAAUCAUGGUUAAGAAGCGCGCGUCCAACGGUCGUAACAAGAAGGGUCGUGGCCACGUCAAGCCCAUCCGCUGCUCCAACUGCUCGCGAUGCACACCCAAGGACAAGGCAAUCAAGAGAUUCACCAUCCGUAACAUGGUCGAGUCCGCCGCCAUCCGUGAUAUCUCUGAUGCCUCCGUCUUCCCCGAGUACACCGUCCCCAAGAUGUACCUGAAGCUCCAGUACUGCGUCUCCUGCGCUAUCCACGGCAAGAUCGUCCGUGUCCGCUCGCGCGAAGGCCGCCGCAACCGUGCUCCUCCCCCACGUGUCAGGUACAACAAGGACGGAAAGAAGAUCAACCCGAACCAGGCCGCUGCUAAGACUACCACUGCUUAA